AUGAACGGGUCCAACCCGAAGGCUGCGGCCGCAGGCUCGGCGGCCGGGCCCGGAGCGCUGGUGGCUGGCAAAGAGGAGAAGAAGGCGGGCGGCGGCGUCCUGAAUCGGCUCAAGGCGCGGCGGCAGGCGCCCCAUCACGGGCCCGACGACGGCAUCGGUGCAGCGGUCACGGAGCAGGAGCUGCUGGCCCUGGACACCAUCAGGCCAGAGCACGUCCUGCGCCUCAGCCGAGUCACGGAGAAUUAUUUAUGUAAACCCGAAGACAACAUCUACAGUAUUGAUUUUACCCGCUUCAAAAUUCGAGAUUUGGAGACAGGGACAGUACUAUUCGAGAUUGCCAAACCUUGUGUUUCAGACCAGGAGGACGACGACGACGAGGAGGAGGAGGGUGGAGACGUGGAUAUCAGCGCGGGACGAUUCGUUCGCUAUCAGUUCACACCAGCAUUUCUGCGCCUCCGGACAGUCGGGGCUACGGUGGAGUUCACAGUAGGAGACAGACCUGUGACUAACUUCCGGAUGAUCGAACGGCACUACUUUCGGGAACGCUUGCUGAAAAACUUUGACUUUGAUUUCGGCUUCUGCAUCCCCAGCAGUAGGAACACAUGUGAACAUAUCUAUGAGUUUCCCCAGCUCUCUGAGGAUGUCAUUCGUUUGAUGAUUGAAAAUCCUUAUGAGACUCGUUCUGACAGCUUCUACUUUGUUGACAACAAGCUGAUAAUGCACAACAAGGCCGAUUAUGCCUAUAAUGGAGGCCAGUAACCGCUGCAGGAGUGAAGAGGGGCAGUGCUUUGCUGUGGCCAAAGGUCCUGGCACGUGGAGGUGACUGACACUGCUGAUGGUGAACUCGUCUGGAACUGGCCUCGGCAGCCCCGGCUGGGUGACGGUUUCCUGUGCUCCCAGAGAGGUGCCAAGCAGGGCUGUGUUUUCUCCCCAGUAUUUUUUCUUCCCUCCCCCCCCCCAUCCGUUUGGUCGCAGAGGUACUGUAAUGAAGUGAAAGGUUAGGAUUAGACUGUUGGGAUCCAGAUCUUAAAAAAGUUUAUUUUCAUGUCAUUCUAGCUGCCUGCUGGUGGCCUUGGCGAGCUUCGGUCUCCCCGGUGUCUGUGCUGGGCUGAGACGGCCCUGCCGGCUGCCCGUAGGUUAGCAGCUCCGGUAGGUGCUAGGUGCUGUGAAAGCUGACAGCCAGGCUCCUCCCGGGCAGCUCCCGCUCUCAUCCGAUGUUGCCAUCAGCACAAACUGACCUCCGCCUGUGCAUCAUCCUAAACCAAUCAGGAAGAAACUUGAAACGGGGAGGAGGAGAAGAGUGGGGUCAAUGCGGAGCCCCGGUGCUGGUAAGGCUGCCCAGCCACAGGACUCCUUUGCGGGGGGCCGGCUUCUCUGUCCCACUUCCAGGCCCUCAGUCAGUGCCGUGGGACUGCAGCAAGGUUCAGCCUGGCAGUGUUUUCCUGUUCCUGUUCUGGAGGAAAGCUGAGCUUGCUCUGCUGCUCUUGGCUCCCAGUUUUGAGUACCCCCAGCAAUAGAAUGUGACAGUUUUCUCUUGCAACAAUAGUAUCUCCCAAGGCCAGAGCAGUCUUCAUUGUGUUUUGUCCUUGGUUUCUAGACUGCUCUUGGGAGGGUUUUAUGCAGCGCAGUGGGGCUGCUAGCGUUGACAUGUGGUUGAUGUCUGGCAGCACUAAGGGUGCCCAGGGCGGCUCUGCCUCCUAUCAGGCAGGGCGAGCCCACAGGACAGCCUGGAGGGUUGGCUGUUGGUGGGGAUUUGCUUCUGAAAUUCUUUGUAGUUUUCUCAUUGAGGAUGAUUUUCCUCUCUGCCUUUUUACUAGUUUCUGGGAACAUCCUGAAGGACUCAGCCUAAGUAAUGCAUAUUUUUCUGAUCUUUCAAACAGCUAGCUUGGCAUUUUUUGGAAGGGGUGACAUAGGCAGAGGUCAGACAGCUGUGUUCUCAGAAGAGCUCCCUUGCACAUCUGUGGGCUUCUUUGUCCUCAGGCCGUUACUGGAAAGACCUUUGCCGCCUCUAGCCUGUGUUUGUCUGACUGUGGGUGGCUGUAGGUGUUCAGCCCAAACUCCUCCGGUAAGACUUGCUGUGGCCGGGAUUUGGCUAUGAUGGAAAGGUAGCCUAGGGUCCUGGGUGUGUGAUGAUAGUCCCUGGGAGGUGUCACAGUAGCGACAGGAGAGCUGUCCUCCAGGGUGCUGGGGAAGGGCCGUGGGGCCAGGAAAGAAACCCCUGCGCAUUCACUGAAGAGGUGUCCCUUCCCGUUUGCAUCCUGGAGGAGUGACCAGUGUUUUGUGCUGGCCGAUGCUGGCAGCCUUUCACAGAGCAAGCCCUAAAUUACCCUGUGUGCUGGCACUGGAUCCGACACUGAGGCAGAGGGGAGGCCACGUGCCCUGGUUAUUCACCACCAGCCCGGUGAAUCUCAGAACUGGAGUCCACGCCUAAUCCCGGUGCCUUAAGUGAGGCCCUGCUGCACACGCUGCUGCGCGGGGCGCUGCCUUGCCCCCUUCUCCCCCCCGUCCCCCUCUGCAGCAGGCAUCAGCUCUGCCCCUGUACCUUCUGGGUCUCCUCGUGGCUUGUCUCACGUAGGCUGGCUCGGGUGGUGUUCAGAAUACCCCUUCUUUCUGCGGCAGAGCCUCUGUGGAGGGUGUCUGCUGUUUAAUCAUUAGCUGGGGUGUGGCUUCUGGAGCUGCCCAGAGUUUUGCUCCGUGGUGCAGACUGUGUCCUUUAGGCCGGUGGACUCUCUUACCCACAGUGUUAACUUUUGCAUGGAGGAGCCCAGGAGAGCAGGGGGCCAGGCGCUGACCUUGAGAGUGCCGUCUCCUCUCCCCUCGCUUGCCUGGAGGCCGCCCGGGGGCCAAGUUCUCCAUCAGGCCCAGCAGGGCAGGGUUCGCCACCUUCUGCGCCUGAAAGUCCUGUGCUCUGUCUCUGGGCCUGCAUGCGUGUUUCUGGCUACUCAGGACAUCUGGAGAAGUAUUACCCCUCUGGAGUGUUAACCAGGAUGAGCUUGAAAUUCAAACUUUUUAUAGUGAAUUGGGGAGGGAAUAGGAAGUCUUACUUUUUCUGAAAAUAAUAGAACCAAAUCAGACGUUGAAUCAGGAGGCCAUUCUGUUAUGAAAACUGGAUUAUUCAUAGCUGUUACCUUGUGGGUGAUAAGUGCAAGGAAAAGAACUCCUCGGGUGGGGAAACCACCCCCCUGUGUAGUGCUGGCAUCUGAGGGGUGACUCCUGCAGGGAGCACGUUCCAGCAGACUGGUGGGUCCAACCUGGUGUGUGUGUGGGGGGGCUGCUGCCGUGCCCCUUGCCUGGCUUGUUGCUUGCUGUGCCUCGGAGACUCUGGGAGAGCGCCUCUCUUCCCCUUAGCCUUGGGCUUCUCCAAGGACAGCCUGGUUUAUUUCAUCCUGUUUUCUGAAAAGCAGACAGGAAGUAACAACCAAAAGCAGUUUUGGGCCCCAGUAGGUUGCCUCUCCUGCGGCCCCCUGUGGAGGCAGCAGUGUUUCCGAGGACCCCUGGCCGGACACCUGGCCGUCUGGGCAGGGGUGAGGGGACGGUGGGGCCGACUACAGGCUGUGCCUAAUGUACAAGCCCCGGGAGACUUGCCUUAUUGUGUCCUGCCCCCCUGCUAGACCCCCAGGGCACCCUUCUGUGAAGUCACUUUCUUCUGGUGGCCUUUGUCACCAUGGCGUCAGUGAGGUUUGGGGAGUGGGCAUAAUCCGCCCAAAAAUCACAGCACGCACUUCUCACCUUCUUGCUGGGGGGGUUGUGGUGCAGAGGGUGCCUGUGCCUGAGGUAGGCACCUCAUUGUCAAGUCACUUGUCAACAACAUUCCAUUCACAGAGCAUCCUAGCCACAAGAAGGGUCUGGUGGAGGUUGACUUACCCCUUGUUUUACAAAGGAUCAUGUAAAGUCAUUGAAGUUGUGAAAGUCUAUUUUUUUCCCUGUAAUUCUAUUUUUCACAGAAUAUAAGGAACAUCAAUGACCUGAUCUGUUGCCCUUCUCUUUCCCCUUCACCUGAGAUCCUCAUUCCAGUUUGUAUUAUCUUUGUGUCUAAAGUAAACUAGGUGACUUAUUUGUAUAAAAUGUUAUUUUGCCACAAGAAAUCAUAAUAAAAAAAGAUUUUC